AUGGGAGAAAAUAAAGACUUGGACACAGAUGACGCAGAGCACACCACGUGGCUGUUCCAACAGGCACUGGCUCGGGCCGAGCAGUUCAACAUUAAGGGAGUGACAUAUCGUCUGACCAAAGGAGUGGUGAAGAAUAUCAUUCCGGCAGUGGCUUCCACAAACUCCACCAUUGCAGCAUGCUGUGCGAACGAGACUUUCAAGCUCGCCACCAGGUGCAAUCCGCAUAUGAACAACUACGCGUUUAUAAACCUGAUUGAUGGCGUAUACGCACUCCCCUUCGAGUACGAGAAGGACGAGGACUGCAUCGUCUGUAGUAAGAAACCGGUCACCGUGAAGUGUGCGAGCUCUUCUGUGACAUUACAAGCGCUAAUUGAGAGGAUACUCCAACAACUCAACAUCAAGGAAAUCAGCGGUAUGCGUGCGUCUGGGAACACGCUGUAUAUGGAGAGGCCCGAACCGCUGAGGAUAGCGACGCUGCCCAAUCUGGACAAAUCAUUGGGCGAAUUGAAGCUGUCUAGCGGUAUCGAAGUGUCUAUCACGGCAAGCGAACUCACACACGCUGUGGUAGUCACAGUGGAGUACGAAUAAAGACGCGCUUCAAUAAGAAAGGCUGGUGUAUCGCUAGCGUUGUCUCAUUCAAGUUCGUGAGUCUAUCGUAGUAUAUGCGACGCAUCAACCGAUGCAGGUGCAAGUGGUAUGCGAGCGGAUACACUCGAGCGCAUGUGAUGACGAGUGCUCAAUAGUGGCAACGUACAACGCCUGACGAAGUGCGAGUCCACUUGGCUGAGGUGCUCACAGUUGAAGAAGCGAAGUUGUUGUCGCUCAGUCGGCAGUACAAUGCGAUGCUACGCUGACAUCUUUGAACUCUCCGCGGAUUGGAACCGCUCCUGUACCAAACAAUUUGGUUCAUCUGAGCAAAUAUUCUGGUAGGCGUGUGUUCAGACAUUGUCGGUGAAAUAACAUUACUAUACGUGUGGCCAUUCAUCGUUCGCAAACUUGCAGGACUACUACACAAGCUGUAGUGAUACCUUUGGCAAAUCCUCGCAAUACACGGCCGAGAUUUAUCAUAUACAACAACUGUGCCAAUUAAUAAAGAAAUUCAGU